ACAACAUGCAUGAAAAUUUGACAACUAGGUUUUCUGGAAAAAGCAUGUUUGUUGCGGCGAGUGAUGCAAGAUUUUGUUGAGUAUUAUGACUGAAUAUUUUUAUUUCGAUAUUGAAAUCAAACUCGCCAAGGAACCUGAUCAACUCAUAGCAACCAAGGUGAAAUCCCGCAUACAAGGUUCACUCAACGAAGUGUUUGGUGAAAUUGGUGGCCAAACAGAAUUAGAUCUCCUAAAGUUUGACCCCAAACGCCGACGCAUUAUUUUGCGCGUUCCACAAGCGUUUUACGUUAAGCUGCGAGCUGCAAUAACGUUCAUAGCCGAAUUUCAGGGCGUACCUUGUAAUUUCCUGGUGAGAAAAGCAUCGCCGGUGCUGCUUUCGUUGGCGGAAACCCAUUUACAGUUUUGA